AUGGCCUCUGCCAAGGAGAAGUCUCCGCGGGCGCCGUGCGAGGCGCCGUCGAAGGGGCAUCAUGUCUGUGAGUGCUACGGGCACACGUCAGAGCUGCCGGAGUACAGGAAACUCGCCGUCCCGCGCACACUGCAAGGGUUUCACGCAAGGGAGGGAGGCGGCUGCUCCUGCAUUCCCAAAACAAAGCCAAAGCAGGCGGGUGCGGUGUACUGCAGCACGAACCCCAUGACACGUGACAGGGUGAUGCCAACAGAAACGUACCGCGCGCACGAUCCCGGCGAGCACAAGGUGCAUCCGGCGGAGGAGGUUCCUGUAGAGAGCUCCGCCGUGCGUGAUCCGGUAACCGGGAGGCGCCUGGUGUUUCCCAACGCCCGUAACUACGGCGGCACGGCGACGCAGCGCAGGUUUCCGGCCACUGGGGAACCCAGGCGAAAGACGCGGGAGGAGCGGGAGUACGAGCAAAUGCAGGACCGCAAAGAGUUUCUCAAGGCUGUGCUCCGCGACGAGAUGCGGGACCACCACAGCGCCGAGGCGCAGCUGGAGGAGUUGGAAAACCAACUUGGCCUGCGCGGCAGUCGUCACGCGCAGUUGCUGAACGCAGCGGCCGCCCGCGAGGCGGAAAACCGCGCGGGCGAUGACGAUGCAAAGACAGUGGGGGAACAGUACGAGGAGGUGAUGGAGGAGCUGCGGUACGUCACGCGGCAGCCUGUGGGGUCGAAGGUGAACCUCAUCCGCAUGUACUACCUCCUCGAGGAGCAGGACAGACUGAAGUACCUGCGAGACCAGGGGAAAAAAGCAGGCGACCCGCUUCACUGCAAUGCGCCUGUACGCUGA